AUGUCGCAGUUGUCGCAGCGCUUCGUCAUACCGCAUUCGCACACCGUGCCACUUCCGCCGCCGUCUCCUGCGGGCGCGCGGAGGGCGCUGCGGAAGGCCUUUAGCCACAACGACGAGAAGAACGUCCGCGCGAUCGGCGGAAACGGUCGGCGCAACUCCCGCUUGGCGCAGGCGAAGGCGGGUGGCGCAACUCCCGCGCAUGCGAGCGGGUUUCACUGCUACGCGGUAGAGGAGUCCCCGCGCAUCCCCGCGCAUAGCUGCGCGGAAGGGCCCGCGGAAGAUCUCGCGGAAGGGCCCGCAGAAGGUCUUGCGGAAGUGUCCGCGCACAGAGGCUCGUGGGUUGAUCGCAACGAUGCUGGAGACGAUAACGCUACUUCGCGUGGCGGUUCCGCCCAUCCCGUGCCGGCCGAUGCGGUAACCGGCGCAGCGGCGCAGAUCAACUCCGGAAUGGCGCAAACUCACCCCGCAGCGCGUUUCUCGCCACGCACGAUUCGCGAGACGACCGCGUCUAUAAGCGGACGAUCGCGCAGCUCGUCGGAUCUGCAGCGCGCCGCCAAUACCUCCGCGCUUCUCCCGCCGUUUCCCGCUUCCCCGUCCGCCGGUUCCCCAUCUGCCGCUUCCUCGUCCACCGCUUCCCCGUCCGCCGCUUCCCCUUACCCUGCAUUCCCAACCUCUCUCUCCACCCCCUCUGCGCACCCCUCACUCGCUCUCGUCUCCCCUUCUUCCUCCUCUUCCGCCGGCCCCUCCCCUUCUUCCGCUUCCUCAUCCCCUUCAUUUUCCGCCUUCCCGCGACCUUCCGCACUCGCAUGUCGUACGGACUUGGAAGGGGGGGAAGGGGGGAAGGAGGAGGAGGAGGAGGAGGAGGAGGAGGAGGAGGAGGAGGAGGAGGAGGAGGAGGAGGAGGAGGAGGAGGAGGAGGAGGAGGAGGCGGCGGAGGGGAAGGAGGGGGAGGGCCUGACACCCCAGCAGCUCUGCGGGAUAGCCGAAGCUGCUAGUCUGGUUCGGCAGGUGGUGAAGCUCGGGUUCCUGCUGCCGUAUCCCAAAGCCGACAACGUCAUCCCCGUGCGCCUUGCAGACGAAUGGAUCGCAGCAUCACGAGUGGCUCUGGAGGUGCUAGGCCCCAAAUACUCGGACGCCUUUGAUGUGGUUCCGCACAUUGCCAACUCCAACUGUGAUCGGCAGGAGGCCAAGGAGGCUGCGCAGCUCCUACUCAGGGAUGGAGUGGUGGGAGUGGUGGGCCCGGCAUGCACGGAGGCAGCGCUGGGAGCAGCAGACGUUCUCAUGCCUGCUGGCGUUCCCAUCGUCUCAUUCGCUGCCACGUGGGAUGGAUUCAGAGACCGGGAGAGAUUCGGCAGCUUCUUCCGCACUGUCUUCGGUGACAGGCACCAGGCAGCAGCCAUGCGCUCCCUGCUUCAGGAGUUCGUGUUUGAUCGAGUCAUUCUGUUCUUCACAGAGGAUACGUACGGAUCAGCACUAGGCUAUGAUAUCGAGUACUUCGCGCGCAGUGACAAUCUGACAGUCCACAGCAUACCCGUUCCGGUGCCCUGCCUCAACUACUCCUCCCUCCUCCUCAACCUCUCCGACCCAAACCCUUCCAAGCCGCUCAUUCAAUCCGAUGACUCCACAGUGGUGGUCCUAGCGGUCUCACCCAACGCAGCUGAGGGCUUUUGGCGCGCUGCACUAGACCUGGGUCGAUUGGAAUAUCCUUGGUGGUAUUUUGGCACGGAUGGAGCAGUGGCAUUCGACCUGGUGGGGGAAGGCCAGAACCUGACAGCCUUAGCGUCAGCACUGCAAGGGGAGAUGGGGGUCGCCCCUUACAAGGGAGACUACUCGGGCUCCUCCCCCAUAUGGGAAUACAUAAUGCACUGGCGGACCAAGCGCCAUGACAUUUACCCUGGCUUGCUCACUCUCGACGUCGGGCCCUCCCUCCCGCGCUUCAACUCCACCCGCCAAUACGUGCCGUACCUCUUUGACGCCGUUCACGCCUUCUUUGAAGCUUUCAGGAGCAUUAUUGCCAACCAGAACACAGCACCCACUAAGGAGCUUGUGCUGGCGUGCUUUAAAGGCGUGCCGCAAGGAUGCAUCAACUUCACGGGAACCACAGGGCAGGUAUCCUUCAACCCAGCUACAGGCGAGCGCUUGAAAUCUGUGGCCACACCGACCUACAGCAUUGUAAAUCUUGAGGGCGUGAUGUGGCAGGAGAAGGCCCGCUGGGAGGAGCGGCACGUGGAGCGCUUCACUCUCGACCUCACUCAAAUCUCCCGCCCGGGUCCUCUGCCCGGUGCUGCUGCUGGUGCUGGUGCUGGUGGUGGCGGUGGCAGUGGUGGUGGCGGUGGUGGUGCUGGCAAUGGCAGUGCAGCAGGGGUGAAAGAGGCAGGUGACUACUCAGCUCCUGCUGCGUUUGAUGUCUUGAAUCAGUUUACCAUGGCUGCUCUCGCGUCGGUCUCUGCUGCUGCUCUCUCGAGCUCGUUCGUCCAGACUUCUUCGCUGAAGCUGUCUGCGAAGCCCGUCAAUGUUCGCAGCACCCGUGCUGUCCGCAUCGUGGCUAUGGCCCAGCCUGAUCUGAAGAAGGAGAUUCAGGAAAAGAUCGCUGCUGCUCAAGAAACCUGCUCCGAUCCGAACUCCACCGCUGAGUGCGCUGCUGCGUGGGAUGAGGUGGAGGAGAUCUCAGCUGCCGCUGCUGAUCAGGCUUUGAAGCAGAAGGCAGCAGAUUACGAGGACCCCCUUGAGAAGUACUGCAACGAGAAUCCCUCUGAGGAUGAGUGCAGGAUCUACUCUGACUGA